GCGAAACUUGUUGCGAGAAGCCGUCUCUUGUCGCGUGGAGGUGGUGCGGUUGUGUGUGUUUGCAUGUGCGUGCGUGCUUUAAUCUGCUUCCGGGGGAAGUGAUCAAGGAAGACGAGAGAUUGAUCCGGAAGUGUGCAUCGCCUGUGUGCCAGACAGGGCCAUGUCGGAUAAAAAGCAACAUCCCUGCGAGCUCAACAACCUGAAAAGCGGCAGUGACGACGAAGGUCCGGUCGAAGAUGUGCAAGCACCACACAUGCCUGAGAGGGGACAGUGGACCGGCAAACUCGACUUUCUUAUGUCCUGCGUUGGCUACGCAAUAGGUCUGGGAAACGUCUGGAGGUUUCCCUACUUAUGCUACAAGAACGGAGGCGGAGCAUUCCUGGUUCCAUACCUGCUGACACUGUUCCUGGCGGGUAUUCCAACCUUUUUCCUCGAGACGUCUCUCGGGCAGUUCCUCAGCAUUGGCGGCCUCGGCGUUUGGAAGAUUUGCCCAAUCUUCAAAGGAGUGGGCUACGCAGCGGCGGUGAUGUCCUUCUGGCUGAACUCGUACUACAUCGUGGUGCUGGCCUGGUCCCUGUACUACAUCUACUCGGCCUUGUCGUCGGACGUCCCCUGGCGCUCGUGCGACAACUGGUGGAACACGCAAGACUGCCGCUCCGAGUACGAGCCAUUUAACUGCUCGGUCGGUGGAGCCUGUCCCGAUCCCAGGUUCAUCAGGAGCCCCGUCAAGGAAUACUGGGAGGGCAAUGUGCUGCAGAUCACGGGAGGCCUGCACGAGCCCGGUGACCUACGCAUGCCGCUGGCCAUCACUCUCCUCAUAGCCUGGGUGCUGUGCUACUUCUGCAUCUGGAAAGGCGUCAAGUGGACGGGCAAGGUGGUCUACUUCACGGCGCUGUUCCCCUACCUCCUUCUCUUCAUCUUGCUGGUGCGCGGACUCACGUUACCCGGCGCCUUUGAAGGCAUCAAGUUCUACGUCCUCCCGGACAUGAACAGGCUUUCCGAUUCGGUGGUUUGGAUUGACGCUGCCACACAGAUCUUCUUUUCGUACGGAUUAGGACUGGGUUCCCUUAUAGCUCUAGGGAGCUACAACAAGUAUCACAACAACGUGUACAAGGACGCGCUGAUCGUGUCCUGCAUCAACAGCGGAACAUCCAUGUUCGCCGGCUUCGUCAUCUUCUCGGUGAUCGGUUUCAUGGCGCACUCGCAGGGCAAGGACAUUGCCGACGUCGCAGCCUCCGGUCCGGGCCUCGCGUUCCUGGCGUACCCGUCUGCGGUUCUGCAGCUGCCCAUAUCUCCGCUCUGGGCGGUGCUCUUCUUUCUCAUGAUUGUCAUGCUGGGACUGGACAGUCAGUUCUGUACACUGGAAGGCUUCAUCACUGCCGUUGUGGACGAGUGGCCCCGACUGCUCCGACCUCACAAGGAGAUCUUCAUCGCGAUCGUCUGUUUUGUCUCGUACCUCAUCGGACUCAGCUUCGUGACACAGGGUGGCAUGUAUGUGUUCCAGUUGUUCGAGUACUACGCUGCCAGUGGAUUUGCACUUCUGUUCCUGAUCUUCUUUGAAGUGGUCUCCAUAUCCUGGUCAUAUGGUGCUGAGCGGUACUACAAGAACCUCGAAGACAUGAUAGGCUACCGACCGUGCAGGUGGUGGAAGUUCUGCUGGGUCUUCCUGACACCGUGCGUCUGCUUUGGAGUGUUCGUGUUCAGCCUGGUGCAGUAUCGGCCGUUGAAGUACAUCGACUACGUGUACCCCUGGUGGGGCCAACUCGUUGGCUGGAUCCUUGCCCUCUCCACCAUGCUCUGCAUCCCUGGAUACGCAAUAUACAAGUUCAUCGUCACACCAGGGGACCUGCGCACGCGCUGCAAGGAGCUGUUCCGCCCGGACGUGGACAUCGCGACCGAGAUCCGAGCUCGCAAGCACCGAGAGAGGAGCAUCACGUCGACCGCCGUCUAAGUGCGGCACGAACAUUCCGGUGGCAUCCUUCAAGCAUGACGAACGCUUUGCUGUCGACACCAGCGGCGUUGACGCGCGCCGGCGGAGAGCACUGGCUCUGCACGUGACCGUUUUGCAUUUGUACUCCGUACUCAUUAAGACGCUCAAACAUUUGAUCAUGGCUCGUAACCAUCUUAAUUUCGGUGUUUAUUUCAACAUGGACAGUGCUCGACUGUAGUCACUGUUUUACUUAAACGCAGCAUUUUCCGUGACCGCCUUAGCUAACACACAUUGCAAUUAUGUAUCAGGUGCGGUAAGUACAGAUUGGCCCCUUUUUCCACGAGCAAAGUUCGUAGGUGGAUCCCGCAACAAUGGCAUUGCAUUCGCAGAAUGCGCACGUUAUACGUUGGCGCCGGUGCAGGCGUUUUGCGACCUGGCUGUUUCCGCUCUUCUCUCAGGAGACGCUGACGAGUUGAAUUUUUUCAACACGGGUGCUGAAAAUAUAUCCUUUCGUGUGCAGAGUUUUGCCUUGAAGAACUUCGCUUCUAGGCUCCGCUAAAGAGGCGCUUCACGGACACCUGGAGAAUUCCCUUCUCUGUUCACGCAAGUACCAAACAAAAAGGCUCGUGAAUGAGCGGUUGGCCUUCGUCAGACCCAUGGCCACGCGAAAGAUAUGUUUAUUUGUCUAUGAAAACAGUUGUUUCUUAUAACUGCUGACACCAGAAGACCUGCGCAACCGUGACCGCUCUACGGGUAAGCGUAAUGCAUCAGCUAACGCAUACGUGUGUAAGUAUCUGUGUUUUGUUCUUAGAUGAAGCCUUUCGAGCUGAGCCCGUGGGCGCAGCUAAGUGCUGUGCGCACUCCGUGGAUCCAAGUGUUGUCAUUUCGCCCGUUGUAGCCACCACUUAGUCUUAUUAGACCGUGAUUGUAUGUUUGUGCUUCAUGAUCAUAAAUGUGUCGUCCCUUGCCAGCCUCUUCUGUAACACAGCAACCAAGAAAAAUGCCCCAUGUUCACCUUGCCAGGUUACACACUGACAUCUGAAUAUGUAAUCUUUUGGGUUGUUAGUAUUUCUGAGUGUUAGAUGCACAAUCAUUUCGCGCAAUUCAUCUCAGAUAUUGAGUCUACUGUACAGCCCGUUCAUACCACGAAAAUCUUACAUGUACUCGAACGUCUGGAGCGUUGUAGAAAGCAUAAAUUCAUGUAUACGUUUUAGCUGUAGACAUUUCAGAUUUGACUUCCUGGUGUUUCCGCGUGUGACCUAGGUACUUUUUGACUGAAUGGAGACAUGCGCAUUAUCCUUGUGUGGUAAUGACAAGCACUUUCGGAUGCAUGAAUCUGUGGCUACACAUCGCAUGAAUCUGUGGCUAGUAGAAUCAAUAUGUCACCCUCGCUUCCUGUUCUCAUGAACUCGCUGUACUCAUGUGUUCCGAGCAUGAAAAAUAACACAAUUUUAUUACCGGAGCUGACGUAAUUUUCUGUGUUCGUUAAAGCCGUUUACUGUCAUUUGAAAUUUUUAAGAAAAUUUGAACAAGCCUGCGACUGUAUAAGGAGCGCAUUAACGCUGGCAUGCGUAAAUUUACUCUGUAUCAAAUUCGGCGAAGAACGCUCUCCGAAAUAGCAGCAGGUCGUGCAAGACAUCUGUUGGCUGCCUCCGGCACCGCUAGGCCACAGUAACCUACAGAGCCUGACGCGCCACUCGUCAAGAUGCACAACAAUGCAAGGCUAACAGGAUGGGUAGGCUCGAAUCGAUCAACCGCGGGGGAACACAUGGCAGCCUCUGACACAAGGAAAGCACCCAACUGGAGCUUGAGGCGCCGGCUGAAGUCUCAUCUUAGUAACUUUGUUCGUCCCCUGUUGGCCCGGUUUGUGUUAUUUGAGGCAAGCUCAUCGCUCAUGCGACUGGAACCUGCCUUAGGACCUGGCUUCGCCAUUCUAUAUUCAUGAAAUCCCCAAUUUACGCCACUGUAAUUUCAUUCCAGUUCCAGCAAGCAGGCUGACCCUUACUGAUAUUCCCUCUUUUCAGCACCCAGAAAGCUAACAAGGACAUAUGUGCACUUCCUGUUCAGGCAUCCUUAUUGUAUUAUUGGUCGGAAGCUUCUACUUUUGACGUAUUAUAGAGAAAUGUGUACUGUUCCUGAAGGCCAGGACUCGUACGUAAAGAAUUAGGGAAAAAAAUAAAAAUCUUCCUGUGCUAGUGUUGUCAGCCCAUUAGGCAUAUUUUUUUUUUAUUUGGCCGAGCGCUCGAUAGGCACACAACUGAUUGGUAAGCAGCCUUUUUCACAAUUUAUAUUAACCAUUCUGAAAUCCUGUAAUUUUAAUGAACAUUACCGAUCUAGCAAGGGAAGAGCUUAACCUGAAUUAUAGAUGAAAAUUCAGUCGUAGAGUCGCAAAUUGCUGAUGGUGCAUGUAAAUACACAGCUAUAGAUACUACGCUGAGCACUAAGCAGAUCCCUGAAUAAAUACAUCUAGCAUCGUACAAGUUACUGUAGGUGUGCAAAAGUCUAGUAUAAUUGUAUUCAUGGAUGUCGAUUCAACGUAUCAAUCGUGCAGUUUGCAGUUCUUCAGGUAUUUAUUACAGGAGAAAAGCUGUUCAUUCUUUUUUUCAUUUCAGUAUUUUUUCCUAACAGUUCUUAUUCGUGUGUCAGCCUAUAUUGCAUUCUAAAAAAGGUUUCUAACCAAGAAAUCUUGACGCAUUAAUUUUUACGCCUGUCCUCCCGGAAACAUACAUUCUGACAAAUACGAAUAAUAUAUUAGAAUAUUUGAACCUUAAUAAGGUAGUUUAAAGAAAUUAAAAGCGCCACAACUCGCUACUGCAUAAAUUCUUGUACUGUCUGAAUGUUUAUAUUCAAGGUUAGAAGUAAAUAAAAAAUGAAGCAGGCUCCCAGAAGUAAAGGUUACACGGAGAACUGAUGUUUCUAUAUUGAAACACAUUCGUCAUAAUUUCAGCGUCUAUUGCCUUUGUCUGUGAUUUUAUUGGCUGCUUUGUAAACACAUUCAUCUAUCAAGCUUUAGCAAUCGCUUCGCCUAUUGGGGCUAGCACAGCCUGUACGCACAAUUGUAAUAACCUUACAAUAAUUAUUUCUACAACCGAAUGUCUUCCAGUAUGCGACUAGAUAUUUGCGGUACACAUGUGUAUUUGGGACAACCGAAACACUAAUGUUUCAUAGUAAGCUUAGGGGUAAUUAAUUGUUUUCAGAAUAGUCGAGAUAGCCUCUGCAGAAUAACACAUUGCUAUAAACAUGGCUGUUGCAAGGCGACUGUAAUCGCAAUUCUAGCAAUCCAGCUUUAACGCAAAGGUGUCGCACUAGAAAGUUCUGAAAAGAAUUUGUGCCAAAUAAUAGAAGUCUUCCAAUAGAGGUCUUCCAUAUUUCGCGAACAGUGUCUUCCACAGCAAUCAGUGCUUUAUGAAGAAUUGGUUUCACGUUGUUGCUAUCGCGUUAUGCAAUGUUAAAGAUGCCAAGUCCUCGAGUCGCAAGUAGUUUAUUAGUAAAGUUUGUGAUAUCCCGCAAAUGAGAAGCAUAAGUGCACUUGCAACAUUGCUGCAUCAUUAUAGAAACGAUUAACUUGCAUAACGACUGUUUGAAAAAUAAUGCGUUGUUUAUGAUUUUAAUACCACCGAAUAACUAUCCUGAUCGCCGCACCUGUCUUCACAACAGUUGAAAUUGACGCGUCGCAGAAUUUAGUUCUACGGAAAGUGUGAAGCUAUUCAACAAACAACAACAUCUUUAUGUCUAGUCAGCAUAAUCAAUAGCCCAAGAACGUCGCUGUUAUCCCGGCCACGGCGGCCGCAUUUGCGAAAUGCGAAAACACCCCUGUGCUUGGAUUUAGGUGCACGUUAAUGAACCCCAGAUGGUCGAAAUUUCCGGAGUGACGCACUACGGCGCGCCUCAUAAUCAGAUCGUGGUUUUGGCACGUGAAACCCCGUGAUUUUUUUUAAAGUCACUAUUAUGCUCCCUUAGGCUUCUACGCUGGUUCUAGCUUCGGCGGAAUAAUUGUAUUCAGGAACGAAUGUUGAAAUAAACGUAAGAGUUAGAACAUUUACUAUAUCAAAUACAAACUGAUUGAUUUGGUUUAUGUUUAUCUUCUGUCAGUUCAUCUUUUAUUGUGGUUCCAAUAACAGCGUAUUCCGCGCUUUUUAUACCGAGUUGAUGCAUGUUACAGAACAUGUUAGUACAUGAAUGCUUGCAGAGUAGGAGAAAAAUCUUGUUGUGCUUGCACAACGGCAUAUGCAAGCCACCAUCCUACGAGUACACAAUGAUGAGCUCAUUGAUGUUGUCCCGUAUGUUCUCAUAUAUUAAAAUCCACGUCUUCCAGGAGGACCUUCCAGAAAUAAUGAAAGAAAAAGGAAGGAAAUCAGACUUCUCUUACAAGUCUUGUCAUGGCUACCAGAGAUAUUUCCUCUAAGCAUACAAGCCAUAUUGUUAGUCCAUAACCAGAUCAUGCAUACGUAUGGCUAUGUGCGUGUGCAAAAUUAGGGCGUGUCGAUAUGUUGGCUCUGUCCUGAAAACCUUGGUACUUGAAUGUAUGGCCGGUUAGAGGUAAAAAGCUGCUGCGGCAUCGUCAGUCCCCACCCCAAUAUUCCUGCGUCAUACAGACGUUUCCCAUCCUCGUAAACAUUUCAAAUAAUGUCAAUUAUUCUGGUAUUUUCUGUUUAUUCAACACUUAUUAACGCGCUAUUUAAAGGGAUGAAAUCUAUCAUAUAACAUAAAUAAAACUCCCGGACCUAACUUGUUUAUGUACACGGAAAUGCACAAGGAAGCAACGGCUAUCGCAGUAUAUUGCUACCAGUCCGGUUUAUAUCUCUUCAUGAACUGCUUAGGCAUAGCAGUCAUAUAUUUGGCAAGACUUCAUUCCCAAUAACUUAAGCAUACAUGUCUCUAUCAAUAUCCUGCAAAUUACACAUCAUUUGUACCCCCUUUUCUCUGGACUUCUCGUAUGCCUUGUACAAUAUAUACGCGAAGAAAAGCGUUUGUGCUAAUAUUUCUGGCGGCGUUCGUUGGGGGCUUCGACUGAGGCGGCAUAGCCAUUCUUGUGUCAGACUGUUCUGUAGGUUUCUGAACUCAAUAUUUCAGGCGUUGAUCGCUGCGCCUAUUUUCCGAUGUAGUCUACCUCAUGUCAUAUCCUAAGUAGUGCUAUAAAACGUAACCUUGCAAUUACACAGGCAGCAAGUGUCCAAUCGUCCAAGCACGAAAGAAUAUAGAGCUUUUUUUCGCUGAGUCCUUCGUGGUAUGAACCCAGAAAAGUAUAAGUAGCAUAGAACAAAAGCCCAAUGUUAGCGGAAGUUUAGUUCGGUUAUAGCCGAACACUUUCAUAAGAUAACUUAUAUAAAUUGAAGCACUUAUACUGUAUGUGAGGUAAGUUUGAAAAAUGUGUUUCUUUAGCUAUGUGUGAUUACUCUCUCAGUACUGUACUCUAAACGCUAAGACAGACAUGGGCCGCAUGUUUUAUGAGCUUUUGAUGUUCAUUCCGUUUGUUUAGUCUUUCUUGUGACAUGGAUUUGUACAUACGGUUUAACAAAUCUGCAUAUGGUAAGUUGGUGACAACCAUCGGAUCCCUAUUUCUUGUAACAUGUCUAUUGUUUCUAGAUCAAAAAUUGAACAUUCAUUGAAGAUCUUGCUGCUAUUGAUUUCGGUAUCAUUCUCAAAAGAAUGCAUUCCUGCAGUCUCCCAACAACAUUAAAUCUUCAUGUCAAAUCGUAGCGUAAAGGUCAUAUGUACCACUGUAGUUUUUUGCACUCGCAUGUGAAGUUGUUUGAAAUAAUAUUUUCUUCGUGAUGUUGCCUGUUAUGAUUUUUCAACAUCGUGGAAAUAAUUUGAUAUAGUUUCGUUAAGCGCAAAUAAACACUGGGAAAUAUUUGAAAGGAAACAAGAACUCUAUGUUAAGCUUGUGUCUGCGAUAUAUUCUCAGACUUCCCAAAGAACUAUUCAGCAAGCAUUACACUGUGAAAAAACUACCGUGAAAUGUUCUUCUAUUGUGAAUUGCAUUUCAAUCUCCAGCCGCAUAUAAAAUCUGCGGCAACAAGAGCAUUGCUGAGAGUAAAUUAUUUGAAUAGAAUUGCGAAGUAAAUGAGGUUACUUAUAUUUGACGGAUACGUAUGUUUGUAAAGUCCUGUGUGACAAAUGUUUCAACGCAAGAGCACUGAAUUGAAUAAAAUCUGCAGGUGCUGACAUA